AGUGUCCGUCCAGCUGACAGGAAAAAUAACCGGGUUAGGGUUAGGAUGAUUCGCUUCUACUGAGCGUUUCUUCUUUAUUAAUUCGUUUUUAUUUACUGUAUAAAAACCCUGAUUACAGUCUGAGCUCAGAGCUGGAGUGUUAGUUAGUGAGUAGUCGGUGCGCAUGCGCGGUGAGGGCAUGUCUCGGGCCGGCCCCGGGUUCUUUAUGUACUUCGCUUUCGGCAGUAAUUUACUGAAGGAGCGGCUGCAGCUGAAGAACCCGAGUGCAGUGUUUCACUGUGUGGGAAAACUGAAGGGCUACACCCUGAAGUUCGGUCUGUGGGGAGAUUAUGUGGACAGCAGGUGGAACGGUGGAGUGGCUACGAUCGAGGAAAGUCCAGAUGAAGACGUGUGGGGAGUAGUGUGGAAAAUGGGAGAGGAGAACCUCACAAGCUUAGAUAGACAGGAGGAGGUACACAAAGGCGUCUACAGUCCUUUGGAGGUGAACGUAGAGACAGAAUCUGGAUCAAUUCUCUGCAGGACGUACAAGAUGAACCAAUUUAGACCCCGCCUUCCUUCCCCACAGUACAAAGAGGUCGUAUGUCUAGGAGCCCAACAGAAUGGAUUACCUCAGGAGUACCUAAAGAUGCUGCAGGCGGUGGAGACCAAUGACUACACAGGACCCUCUGUAUUAGAUGAAAUUAAAGAUGUUAAGAAGUGAUCAUGUGGAAAAAUGUACAUUAUAAAAAUAAAUACUUCAGCAAAACCAGUGAAAGCACCCAAA